GCGCUGGCGGGCCUUGUUAGUCGUACCCCAUCGGCACUCGACACCCAUCCAUCCGCCUCCUGCCUGCGCCGUCGGCCGACUCCUCGCUACUUCGCCCGCCACGCCGCCUCCCCCUGCGCCGAUUUCCAUCCGUAUCCCUCGAGGUUGGGUGCCCGUCGUCCUGCUGCUUUCCGCCUCCGAAAAAAAAAAGAACGAAAAAUGUCAAAAAGAAGAAAAAAGAACGAAAGGGUGGAGUUGAGAUUUAAGGCACCCGAUUAUGCUACGUGGAAAAAGGAGGCAGCUGCAUGCGACAAAGCUAAUGGCAAUGGUAAAGAUGGAUCGAUUACAGUAAGAAGUGAUUAUCCAUGGCACCCUCCCCAUCGUUUUUAACUUACCGAGGGAUUAGAUUUGGAAAAGAUUGACGAGUUUAUGGAUGAAAGGAAUAUUUCGAUUGCCAAGACCAUAGCAAAUGACAUAAUCAUCCCAGACCCUGCUCCCGAGUGGAUGUGUUAUACCUUCUUGGACAAAUAUGACCAAUUGGAGCCCAUCUUUAUAAAGGAUAGUGCACGUUGCUUCCUCCGAUUAUUCAAGAACUGGAAGGGCUAUACCAUGUCAUGGAAUCUCACCAUCACCGCACAAACCUUAACCUGCAUGGUCAGUUUCAAUUCCCUGCGAUGCGCGAAAGUUGUAUUGGAGGGCAGGGCACCUGAGCUCCUUGGGGUGCAUGCCAAUCCCAACUGCGUAACCAAAUAUGGAUACUUCCCGCUCCAUGAAGCUGCUGAAAGGUUCUCUAUUGAGAUGAUCAAGCUGCUCUUACGCCAUGGUGCAUCAGCCAACGUACGCACGGUUGGCGACGAUGUCAUCGAUGGCCUACUCCUGCUCCAUAUCGCGAUUGAGAACACUUGCCUGCAUAAGUAUCUUGAGGACAAUCUUUCUCCCGGCCAGGAUCAUCUGGAUUAUAUCUACAAGCUUUUCCAUCUGCUGUGUUUACCUGAAAUGAAGAUCUUCCUGGAUACAACUAGACUACUUGCAGGAAAAACAAAUAAUCUCCUUGAAGAGCUCUGGAAUUAUAUUGAGAAUGGAAAACUUAUCCAGACCGCAAUUCUACUACUGGCUGCUCAGGAGCAGAUCCGAGGGGGAUGUUCCUCCAAGAUAAAUGGCAGUAGAAAGAAAAAUGGGUAUGACAUUAUGUACAAGCGUAUACUGAGGCUUUCAUUUGCCUUGAGAUGGGGGAAAGUUUCAAAUGGAAUGACACAGAAGCUUAUGAAGGAAAAGAGGGCACUCAUUGAUUGCAUGGGGCUGCUUGUUGAUGCAAUUUCCCAUGCUGGUGAACCUCUUUCUGCAUACAUUCAGGCUCAUUCAGAGGCGCCACAUGUGGAGGUCUUGGAACAUGUUUCAACUAUCCUCAAGGAGUAUGGAUUUUGCCCUACUGAAGAAGUCAUGGACACCAUAAACCUCCAACCUUAUGACUGCAAAAUGUCAGAAACAAAAUCAUGUAGCAAAGGGUUUACAGAUGCAAACACGGCAGUUGCGGAAAUGGCUAAUCUGCAUGCUGCAGACAAAAAGGCUGGGAGAAAGGAAGUAGGCAGAGGAUGGGAUCCCACAUAUACAAGGAGAAAUUUUUUCCCAUAUUGGAGAUCAAUUUUACGAACCCGGUGCCCUGUGAAGGUGUAUCCAACCUAUGCACGAGCAGAUGCUAGGUCCGGGCGUGAUCUUGAACAGAUCCGUGCCUUUGAGAGCAACUCAUCAAUGGCCAAAAAUCGUAUACUUGGUUCAGUGGGAAGGAUCCCAUCACUACUUGCAAGCAAUCAUCAAUCCAAAAGGAGCUUUAGCACUGCUGCUACUGGUGCAUUCAGGCUCUUGAAGCUGUUGAAGUAAAGCACGAGUACAAAAGGUUCUAUAGUUGAGAGACCAAAUAUUGACUUUUCUCUGAAAAUUAAUUCACCUGUGACAGAUCUAGCAUGGGGGCUCCAAUACCCUUGCCCGCUGGAUCUUGAGGGAAGGAGGAAGAAGAGGGAUUUGAGCAAGAAGGCAAUGACCCUCCUUCAAUCUCAAGCUGCAUCAGCCCCUGUAAUUCACAAUAAAUAUGAUUCAUUUUAUAUCUGUACGUAGCAAAUUAAUUUAUAAAAAGGGUCAAAAAGGAAAUAUUUUUUUCUUAAAAA